AUGGCGCCGCUAGAGCUGCCAGGCAUCGGGCGCGUGCGACAAGGUCAAUAUUAUGCAGAACUCACCGACGAAUGUUCCAACUUCGGCAUCGUGCAUGGAGGAUAUUUUAGCUCACUGCUGGCCAAGGCCGCAACAUUUUACCUCUUCGACGAGCACAAGAUCGACCUCGGUCACACAUACACUUUGCACAUCGAGUUCUUGAAGCCAGGUCGAGCCGGUCCGAUCGAGUUCCAAACGGAGCUGGUCCGCAAAGGAUCAUCGAUGGCGACCGUCCAUGUGGUCGCCAAACAAUACAGCAAGCCGGUGGCCGUUGGCUACUUCAGUAAUGUCGACCUACGCAAGUCCGGGGCUCUGAGCUUGCCCCCUGCCCUGAAGCUGUUACCGGCUGUGCAAGCUGCAGAAGUAUCCGGAUUCGAAUCAGGGCACCAGACAGAGUGGCUGCCUGUGUUCUUUCCAAAGAUCGAAGGAAACCCCAUGUCAGGUCUCGUGCAUAACAAAUGGAUGGUACAUAAGCAAGGUCACAUGGACCCGAGUGUGGCCGACUUUUGGUUUGCUUGGAAGGAGCCUGAAAGGACCUGGACGAACGACUGGCUCGGCUUCAUUGUUGACCAAGUACCUAUGAUAGUAGAGAACUAUCUACCCAUGCCGAACACGGGAAUUGACGCUUUCGUCGCAUACGCCAAGGCAUCUAAGGCUGGCGAACUUGAGGGCAAAGAAGCGCCUGACUGGGUCUCUAAGAAUUGGUACGUGACCCAAAGUCUUGACCUCGAGGUCAAGAGACUGUUGGAGCCCGGCAAAGUCCGCUGGCUGUUCUGCAGGGCACAGACCAAGGAGAUAGUAAACGGCCGAUCAGACAUGGAGGUACUAGUCUUAGAUCCUGACAUGAAUUUGAUCGCUAUCGGGCAUCAGAUCAUAAUCGUCAAAAGUCUCGAGUGGGCAAAGAAGGGUGCCAAAGUACCCGCUAGCAGCAAUGGCCCGAACAGUGGAGUAUCAAGCCCAAGAAUCUAG